AUGGGCGGGGAUGAAGACGCCCAUCCUUGCGCACGCUCUGAAUUGCCACCGGCCAGUACUUUGAAAUGUUUGCCACAGCCGGCUCUUACAGGUCUGGUUUGUGACUGUGCGGCUCGUGGUGAUAUAGACGGAAUUCGGAGCCUAAUCGAAGCAGAGGCAGAUCCUAAUGUGGGUACAGCGUACGACAUGCGAACACCGCUCCACCUGGCUGCAGCAGCAGGAAAUUUGAAGCUGGCCAAGUUCCUCAUAGAGGAAUGUGAUGCAAAGCUCAAAAGGGAUCGUUUCGGACUUCUUCCAAUACACGAUGCUGUGCAAAAUGGCCACAACGAAGUGCGACGCUACUUGCAGAGCUGGAAGCUCUCCGGAACCGAAUGCUUUGUGCACAAGCAUGUAGCCUUCAGACCUAGAGCCGAUUCCCAAUCCGUGGAGAACCUCGUGGCUUUGGGCGACCAGAUGGAGCCUUUGCCGGAGAUCAUGAGUCGAGUCUUUGAGCUCGUAGUGAAGGAGGGCAUCUUCAGCUUCAGUACUGUCCAAGCAGAAGUGGAGCACUUUUUUAAUUGCCUGGGCUUUCACUGUAUGUACUACCAGCACUUCACAGCCUGGCAGAUCGCCAAGCAUAUCCAGUGCCUCAUCGCCGCCAAGCAUGUGGCCCAUGCCACAAAUCAUAUGCGAGCCUUAGAAUUUGAUUUCACCACGGACCACAGCGCCUUCUUCCUCACGACAUUGGGCUCGGAUCCCAAGAAUCCGACCGAGUCGCAGUGCAGGACAGAAGCAAAGAUUGCUCACCAUAUUGGCCUAGACUUCACCCAAAGCAUCGCUCUGACCUUCAUGGCAUCUGAAGGGCCUGCCUUCCGCGGCGAAAACGAGCGUCUGGGUAUUUACAGCAUGGAGCGGGGCCACUUCGAAACUGCCCGAGUUUCGGAUACAGAGACCAGUCUGGAAAUCCUCGCGUCUCCUUCCUUUCUGAAAGGCAAGACGAGGGAGGCAAAAGAGCAGUAUCAGAUCGUCAUGGAGGACGUGGUGGCCUCCCGCCGCAGCGUGGUGCACAUCAUUCCCGGCGAGGCGUACCCUGGAAACUUCUCAGGCUUCGUGCUGCUCUUUGCCACAGCUGAGACGGCUGGGAGGAAUUAUUUCCAGGAGGUUUGGCAGUCCAUGCGAAUCCUCAGCCUCAUGCCUCGCCGCUUCUACUUCACUACAUUUGCAAACGGUGUUAUCACCUACAGCCUGUUCUUCCCCUCCAACAUGGAAAAGGAAGUCGAGCGCCUGAAGCGAGCACUUCUGCAUUCGACGCUUUUGAAGGCGACUCCUGGGAACUCGGCUCUGGUCUACGACAUCGUGAUGCAGGGCCACAUCUCCCACGAGUGCGGGCUGUAUCUUCUGGCGGCGGUGAAAUUUGUCUACACCUUCUUUCCAAAGGAGCAGUAUGCGCCCGAAUACACGAACGUGCACAAUGUCUUGGAGCACGACGUCGCGAGUCAGAGAAAGCUCGAGACGUUGUACAAGCUUUGCAUCAAGGACCUCUUGUCCACUGAGCGCAUCUACCAGCUAGUGUAUAGGCACAAGGACUUGGCCAGGCUCUUCUAUGAGGACUUUGCGGAGAUCGCCAAAGGGGAGAAGGCGCCAAGAUUCAACGAGGAACUUAGCGCUGCCAUCGACAGCUCUUGUCCGGAUCCGCAGGGUAGACAGGUCUUGAAGAUGUUCCUGACAUUCAACCACAGCGUACUGCUCACGAACUUCUUCAAGGACAAAACUCCUGGAGCACUUUCCUUCCGACUCAAUCCUACCGUUGCAUUGAAAGAUCGCCCGCAUUCGUUGUACCCAGAGAUGCCGUACGGCAUCUACCUGGUCUGCGGGCGAGAUUUCAUGGGUUUUCACACCCGCUUUCGGGACGUUUCGCGGGGAGGCAUAAGGCUCAUCCUGUCAAGAGACAAGACGACCUAUGAACGGAAUUUCGCCACGCUUUUUGAAGAGUGCUACAACCUUGCCUUUACUCAGCAGUACAAGAACAAGGACAUUCCGGAAGGUGGAUCCAAAGGCGUCAUCCUGCCCGACCGAUCCUGGCCAAAUGGCAAUGGCGGAAACAUUGUGGCAGGAAGCAUCCAGGGCCCAGUGGGCAUGCGGUCUUGCUUUACUCGCUAUUUGGAUGCCCUGCUGGAUUGCAUGAUGCCAGAGGAGAGCGGCAUCUACACAGGGCACUUGAAUGGCCGCAGAGAGCUGCUCUUCUUUGGGCCGGACGAGAACACGGCAGGCUUUAUGGACCUCGGAGCAGAACAUGGCAGAGUACGAGGAUACCAGUAUUGGAAGUCGUUGACUACCGGCAAAAGCGUGGCACUUGGAGGCGUGCCGCAUGACACCUACGGGAUGACCACUGCCAGUGUCCACACAUAUGUGACCGAGCUCCUCAAAGAGCUGGGGGAAGAUGAGGAGCAGAUUACAAAGUUUCAAACAGGUGGUCCGGACGGAGAUUUGGGUAGCAACGAGAUCUUGAUAUCCAAAGAUCUUACCAUUGGCAUUGUCGACGGCUCUGGUGUGUUGUACGAUCCAAGCGGACUCUGCCGCGCAGAGCUGACACGAUUGGCGAAGCGGCGAGUGCCUGUCAAGGAGUUCAACCGCGGCUUUUUGGGGAACGAAGGUUUCGUCGUCACAGUGGAUGAAGCAAACAUCACCCUGCCUGACGGAUCUUUUUGGCGCACUGGCGCCGAGCUGCGUGACAACUUCCACUUGACAGACUUUGCCGCUGCGGACUUGUUUGUGCCAUGCGGAGGUCGCCCAAAUUCGGUUACCACCGACAACGUUAAGAAGCUAUUCAAAAUUACCCCUGAUGGCACACGGCCAAAGUUUCGGAUGCUCGUUGAGGGUGCCAACUUGUUCCUGUCCGACAGGGCCAGAGGUGUGCUGGAAGCCGCCGGUGUGCACGUGUUCAAGGAUGCGUCCACAAACAAGGGCGGUGUCAACUCCAGCUCGCUGGAAGUGCUCGCUGCGCUGGCAUUGUCAGAGGAGGAUCAUGACCAGAUGAUGUGCUACAAUCCAGCCUGUGGUGAUGUCCCGCCUGCCUUUUAUGAGACCUACGUCCGACAAAUUCAGGAUACCAUCGCCGAGAAUGCGCGGAAUGAGUUUAGAGCAAUCUGGAAGGCCAAUCAGGGCGCACCUCAUAUCUCGAAGGUCGAAGCGACCAAAGUGAUCUCCAGUAAGAUCAACGCAUUGCAAGAUGCGAUCAUGGACCAGUUCGCAAGUAUGGACAGCUCAGAGCGAGACAAGCUUGUUAGGGCUGUGCUGCAGCAUGCGGUACCUCCUGUAAUACUUCAGCAUCUUGGUGUGGAGGGCAUUUUGGAACGAGUACCCAGCAACUAUGUUGCCGCUGUGAUAGGUGCAUGGGUAGCUUCCCGCUUUGUGUACAGCAAGGGAGUCGACGCUGCCGAAGUGUCCUUCUUCUUUUUCCUGCGGAGUUUGCUUAGCAAUGAGGUCCCGCAGGGCAGCUGA